GUUCUUUGACAGGAAAGUCAUAAAAUGAAAAUAUCUUUCGCUUUUAACUAGUCGAAACGAAAACGAAACUGAAAUUACUUAAUUAAUUAAAUUACUGAAAAGAAUACUAAUUUUAAAAUGAUUAUUAAAUGAUCGCUGAAAUAAUUAAUGAUAUGAAAAUCUUUGAUUUGUAAUUACCCAACAGAUUUUAUUACCAAAUCUGAAAUCAGCAUAUAAAUUAGAUUAUUUAAAAAAAGAAAGAAAAGUUAUUACAUUCUACUAAAUUAAAAUAUUUUGUAGCAACUUGUGCGAUAUUAAAUUUAUUUAGCUGCAGCGUUGAUUAUCUUGUUCAAGAUAUGGAAUUUCUUAAAAGUUUUAAAUACAUAUUGAAUGAGUUUAUAUGUUGUUCCGAUCAAGAAAGAAUGAACUCUUCAUCUGAUAAAGCCAUGUCAAAAAUCAACAAUCCCGAUGUUCUAAAAAUGAUCGAAUCGCAGUUUGACGGUGUUUUGGAAUUGAAGAAUCGGAUCCUUCUUUUACCUUCUACAGCGGAACGAGUCCGAUUAACCGAUCUUCCUGGACAUCAUGUCAUCACUGAAAAGCAACGGAUUCGAAUCAGGCAGUUGUUGGAAGACAAGGAGCAUGCUCUCAUCGGUGGAAGGAGAUGA